GGUGGCACCUUACGUGAGCUCUUUCCAAACUCUGAAGCGGGAAGAGGUUAGGAAAUGUGGAAUGAGAUGAGGAAAGAGAAAUUGUACAGCACUUGUAAAUCCAUUGAGCUUACAAUCAGUGGUCUGCAGGAGUGGAGCUGCAAGGGGAUGCCAGGCCUGAGGCGUGCCAGGAUUUGGCAGAUAAGGCUCCUGGAGGCUUCUUCUGCCAUUGGCAUGGCGUGUGGCAAGUAACACAAAGGAGUGGAUGAGGGGAACAUGGCUGCAGCCUGGCAGCUGGUACAGCUUGGAGAUCUUCAGCAGUAGUGGCUGGAUUUGGGUAUGACCUUUUUGCCAGUCCAGGAGGGGAAGGAAAGGCAACAUUAAGAUUACCCCCUGUGCUACUUGUUGUUAAUAACUCGGAUGCAGAUCUCCAGAAAACCUAAUAUAGGGAAGGUUUCUUACUGCUUGAACUAAGGUCAUUGUCAAAUAAGUGGUAUAAAAGGCUUGUUUUCUAGAAAAAAAUGUUGGCACUGAAAGUUGCAAAGGGCUCCCUUUAAAAACAGCGGUCCCCUAUACCUCAACUGGUCUUCUUUGACAUUUUAAUUGACCCACACCUUACACGAAAUUGCCACUCAUUUUCCAUGUUCCUCAGCCACUCCUGCUGUUUCAGCCUGUUGAGGUAAUACGUCUCAACCAUGAGCUAUUUCAGGGCUUCAGCCUCCCACAGCCUACAUUGUCCCAUCUCCUCUCCGCGCCAGGCUGCUCCUGGGAGGGAGGGAAAAACACGGGUCCAUAAGUGAGGUAGGGUGGCACGGCCCUGCAGGUGGCUGGAGGUGGGACAGAAGGCAGCAGAGCUUUGUACCCUUCAUCACCAUGGAAGGAGCCACCGACGGAGUGUGUGUGUCAUUUCAGAGGUGUCUCCUACACUCCUCCUAAGUCUAGGCGUUCCUAACCCCAUCGUGUGUGGGGCUCUGGGAGAGAGGUCGUGUCAAGCGGGCAGGUGAAGGGCGACGGGGCAGGGCAAGUCCAGGCAUGGCACAACAAGUGGUCAGCUCAGGGGAAAUAUUUCAGGAAGUCUCCGUUGACCCUGGAUCUUGUCGGGGAAGACAGAUCGAGGCCGGCCGGACGGGACAACGCUGCCAGCCCCGCGGUGCGUGGGGUGCAGUGCCAGCUGGGCUGUGGUGCUCAGCCCCUCUUUUCCCAGGAUGGAGUUUCCCUGGUGCGGGUUCUCUUUGCCCAGGGGUCCCUGCGGACCCGUGCCGUGCCGUGGCGAUCGCGGCGCGACUCGGUGGGCGAGCGCAGUGCGGGGCUGGGGGGAGGGGAGCCGAGGGACAUAUUCGAUUGCGAGGCGGAGCCUGAGCAUUUUAUGAAUGGGCUCAUAUGACGUCAGUGGGGGAGGGAGCGGAGGCCCCGUCUUCCACCAGUCCUGCGGGGUUCCUGGGCGGUGGGACCAAUCGAAGUGCGGCGGCCAGGUGACGGCCAUGCUCGCUGGCCAAUGGCGGCGAGAGACCGGUGCCGACCACGUGGGGCGCAGGCCGCAAGUAGUACGGGGGCGUGUGGCCGCUCGCUGCCUGCCCCCCCCUUCCCGGCGCGGCGGGCCGGGCGGCCCCAGGGCGGGCGCGCCCGGCCGCGUUGCCGGGUUACCCGGUGGCUGAGAGGCCCCUCCGCCAAUCGCGGCGGGGCGGGGGCGGGCGCCGUGACGGCUGCGGGGCGGCGGUGGCCGGGAGGGCUCAGUUCGGCCGCGGCAGCCUGCAGCAUGGUGGCUCCUGCCGCGCUCCCGGCCGCCGGCCUCUUCUACUGGGUGGGCGCCCUGGGCGCUCUCUACGCGGCGGCGCUGGCUUCGUACCGUCUACUGGCCGGGCUCCGCGUCUGGGUGCUGGGUAGCAGCUCUGUGGGGCCGGCGCUGGGCGCCUGGGCAGUGGUCACAGGGGCUACUGAUGGGAUUGGAAAAGCCUAUGCAGAAGAGUUAGCAAGACGUGGAAUGAAGGUGGUUCUAAUCAGUAGGUCAAAAGAAAAACUGGACCAAGUUUCUACUGAAAUAAGGGAGAAGUACAAAGUGGAAACAAAAGUCAUUGUGGCAGACUUUGGAGACAGAGAAGAUAUUUACAAUGGAAUCAAAGCAGGAUUGGAAGGCCUGGAGAUUGGUGUUUUAGUCAACAAUGUGGGAAUUUCCUAUGCUUAUCCUGAAUAUUUUAUUGAUAUUCCAGAGCUGGAGAAGACAAUCGACAAAAUGGUUAACAUUAACAUCAUGUCUGUUUGUAAGAUGACACGAUUGGUGCUGCCCGGCAUGCUGGAAAGAUCAAAAGGAAUAAUCUUGAAUAUCUCAUCAGCUUCAGGGAUGUGUCCAACUCCACUGCUGACUCUUUAUUCUGCAACCAAGGCUUUUGUGGAUUACUUCUCCCGAGGCCUCAAUGCAGAAUACAAGAGCAAGGGCAUCAUUGUGCAGAGUGUUCUACCAUAUUAUGUCGCAACAAAAAUGUCCAAAAUCCGCAAGGCAACCCUCGAUAAGCCCAGUCCUGAAACGUAUGUCAGAGCUGCCUUGGGCACGGUGGGCCUGCAGUCCCAGACCAAUGGGUACCUACCUCAUGCACUGAUGGGAUGGGUCAUCUCUCUUCUACCUACAUCUACUGCUAUAAACUUAAUAAUGAAAACAAACAAACAAAUACGGGCUCGCUAUUUAAAAAAAAUGAAGGAGAAGUAAGUGGGAAGCAACUUGUUCUUGGGAACCUGGGACUCCUGCAAGUUCCACACCAUGUUGCAACAUCAAGUAGACCUAAUGUUUUAAACAUCUCCAAUCGUAGGUGUGCUUUCUAACAAGAGAACAGUCUUGUUUUGAGGCUACAGAUGAAACAAGACAGUUGACUUCUAAAAUUGAUUGAAAAAUAUGCUUUAUUUGUUUAUAGAUAUUAUGAGGGGGAAGUGCUUUGAACUAAAAUUGCAUUGUGCUUUAUGAUACUUUCAUGGGCUUGGAUCAGACAUCACGCUGUUGAAGAACAUCUUGGUUAUAUAGUGUUCAUCAUAUCUAUUAUUGUGCUCAUGGGUGAAGGGCAGAAAAAAAAGUAGUUCUCAUAUAUUCCCAGACAGGUGGGCAGGAGAGGAAAGGGAGCAUAAUUAUUUAAAAAGGUAACCUUGUACUAUUUUCAGAGUAUUGACCUCUUGAAGCUCAGGUUUUGGAUACUUGUAAGGAUUCUGCACUAUCAGAAUCCUUUUAUGAGUGCUCCCCUGCUUAUGUGGUCCAGUGUGAUUUUUUUGGUUAUGAACUUGAGGGAAAUGGGCCAAAAACCAAAAUAAGUGUAAUAGCUCAUCUAUAAAUAUAUACAUAAAGUAACAUUGCAAAAAGCAUUUAAAAUCUGGGGUCUUGAAUAUGGAUUCUAACUUUUCAGUAAUAUGUAAUCUUCAUGAUUUGUAAUAACAUUUUUAAAAGUUCAGUGUCUGCUCUUUGUAAUAGGUGGUGAUAACACAAUGUAGAUAAAUGUCACAAGUUACAUGUUACAUGCUGGUUGCUAUGUAAAAGAUUAUGGGUACUUUAAAUGCAGAGCUUGAAAUUAGUUACUCUCCUUGUUAGUAAUGGUGGUUAAAUUAUUUUUGAAAUAUUUAUCAGUCUGUCUUUCUAGUGAGGUCCUUUGAAAUGUGAGUCCUGAAUAUUUAGAUGGCUUUAAAAAUGAGAACCAGGAAAUGUCUUUAAGAGUAGAACAGUUUUAAUUUACUUGCAUUAAAAUUAACUGUUUUUUUUCAUGGUCCUGUUCCAAAGUGGAAUGCUCCUAUGAGGCUCAAGUUACCUAACUCCUGGACACAGGGAUCAGAGUACAUGAGAAGUCUGCACUGCUGUUGUCUGUAUUUACCUACUCUUUAUUGAAGAUUUUGGUCUCUAGCAUUCCUUUUUAUAAACAUAAAAUAUAUAAAACUUGCAAGGCAAAUGAAAUUGCAAGUAUCUACCACUAUUUUCUCUGGUAACUUCCUAUGGUUGAAGAGGGGAGGUUUUUUCUGUUCUUCAAAGAAUAAUUUCAAGCUCUGAUUUUGAAGUAAGAUGUGUUGCACUGAGACAUGAUUUGGGGCUAACAUUUCUGUACAUUGAAAAAACCUGAAUACCGAUGCAAUGGUGCUGAUCAAAUCUGAGAUGCAGAUCCUAUCCCAUAGUUUUCUUAAUUUUUUGGAACAGGGAUGGUGACGGUGGUGGUAUUAGUUCUCUAAGAGCACGUGGUUUGGUUUGCUCUGGAUCUGAUGUGAAAGCAUUGGACUAAAAAAUCUGUAUGUUUUUGACUUUAAAACAAAUAAAAUGGAAAUUACUCUUGA